GUCCCGGUGCAGGAGCCGCCGCUGCGCCCCUGCCCGCCAUGGCCAAGCCCAGCAGCAAGGACUCGGGCCUGAAGGAGAAGUUUAAGAUCCUGCUGGGCCUGGGGACGUCGCGGCCCAGCCCCAGGUCGGCCGAGGGCAGGCAGACGGAGUUCGCCGUCACCGCCGACAACCUGAGGGAGCUGAGUGUCGAAUGCAGCCUCCACACUCGCAUCCGGGCCAUAGGGCAGAUCUGUGAAGUUGCAAAAACGAAGAAAUUUGAAGAGCACGCCGUAGAAGCACUCUGGAGGGCCGUUGCAGACCUGUUGCAGCCAGAGCGGCCGCCAGAGGCUCGGCACGCGGUGCUGGCACUGCUGAAGGCCAUCGUGCAGGGGCAGGGAGACCGCUUGGGCAUUCUCCGGGCCCACUUCUUCCGGGUCAUCAAGGACUAUCCCUCCAAUGAAGACCUCCACGAAAGACUAGAAGUUUUCAAGGCUCUCACAGACAACGGGAGACACAUCACCUACUUGGAAGAAGAGCUGGCUGAGUUUGUCCUGCAGUGGAUGGAUGUCGGCCUCACCUCUGAAUUCCUGCUGGUGCUCGUCAACUUGGUCAAAUUCAAUAGCUGCUACCUGGAUGAGUACAUUGCGUCUAUGGUCCACUUGAUCUGCCUGCUGUGCGUCCAGACCGUCUCCUCCAUGGACAUCGAGGUCUCUCUGCAGGUGCUGGACGCCGUGGUCUGUUACAACUGCCUACCGGCCGAGAGCCUCCCUCUGUUCAUCGUCACCCUCUGCCGCACCAUCAACGUCAAGGAGCUCUGUGAGCCCUGCUGGAAGCUGAUGCGGAACCUCCUGGGCACCCACCUGGGCCAUAGCGCCGUCUACAACAUGUGCCGCAUCAUGGAGGACAGGGCCUACAGGGAAGAUGCCCCACUGCUGAGAGGAGCAGUAUUCUUUGUGGGCAUGGCUCUCUGGGGAGCCCAUCGCCUCUAUUCCCUCAAGAACUCCCCGACUUCUGUGCUGCCCUCGUUUUAUGAGGCCAUGACCUGUGCCAACGAGGUGGUGUCCUACGAGAUCGUCCUCUCCAUAACCAGGCUCAUCAAGAAGUAUCGGCGGGAGCUCCAGGCCGUGACGUGGGACAUCCUGCUCAACAUCCUUGAGCGCCUGCUCCAGCAGGUGCAGAGCCUGGACAGCCCGGAGCUGAGGAGCAUCGUGCAUGACCUGCUGACCACGGUGGAAGAGCUGUGCGACCAGAACGAGUUCCACGGCUCACAGGAGAGAUACUUCGAGCUGGUGGAGAGCUGUGCGGACCAGAGGCCUGAGUCCUCCCUCCUGAACUUGAUCACCUACAGAGCCCAGUCCAUCCACCCAGCCAAAGAUGGCUGGAUCCACAACCUGCAGUCCCUCAUGGAGAGGUUCUUCAGGAACGAGUCCCGCAGCGCCGUGCGCAUCAAGGUGCUGGACGUGCUGUCUUUCGUGCUCCUCAUCAACAGGCAGUUCUACGAGGAGGAGCUCAUCAACUCAGUGGUCAUCUCGCAGCUGUCCCAUGUUCCUGAGGACAAAGACCACCAGGUCCGGAAGCUGGCCACCCAGCUGCUGGUGGACCUGGCUGAGGGCUGCCACACCCACCACUUCAACAGCCUGCUGGAUAUCAUUGAGAAGGUGAUCGCCCGCCCCCUGUGUCUACCCCCCGAGCUGGAGGAGCGCGAUGUGGCCGCGUACUCGGCCUCCCUGGAGGAUGUGAAGACGGCGGUGCUGGGGCUGCUGGUCAUUCUGCAGACCAAGCUGUACUCCCUGCCCGCCAGCCACGCCGUGCGGGUAUAUGAGACGCUGGUCGGCCACCUCCAGCUGCACUACAAGCACGGCUACACGCUGCCCAUUGCCAGCAGCAUCCGGCUGCAGGCCUUCGACUUCCUGCUGCUGCUCCGGGCUGACUCGCUGCACCGCCUGGGCCUGCCCAACAAGGACGGGGCCGUGCGGUUCAGCCCCUACUGCCUCUGCGACCACACGGAGCCAGAGCGAGGUGCCGAGAAGAAGGCCAGCGGGCCGCUGUCACCCCCCAGUGGACCACCCGGCCCUGUGCCCACAGGCCCUGCUGUGCGGCUGGGCUUUCUGCCCUACUGCCUGCUCUUCCGCGUGCUGCUGCAGUGCUUGAAACAGGAGACAGACUGGAAGGUGCUGAAGCUGGUCCUUAGCAAGCUGCCCGAGUCACUGCGCUACAAAGUCCUCAUAUUUACAUCCCCAUGCAGUGUGGACCAGCUGUCCUCAGCGCUCUGCUCCAUGCUCUCAGGUCCCAAGACCCUGGAGCGGCUCCGAGGCACCCCAGAAGGGUUCUCCAGAACAGACCUGCACUUGGCUGUGGUUCCCGUGCUGACGGCCUUGAUCUCUUAUCACAACUACUUGGACAAAGCCAGGCAGCGGGAGAUGGUGUACUGCCUGGAGCAAGGCCUCAUCUUCCGCUGUGCCAGCCAGUGCGUGGUGGCCCUGGCCAUAUGCAGCGUGGAGAUGCCUGACAUCAUCAUCAAGGCACUGCCCGUGCUGGUGGUGAAGCUCACGCACAUCUCAGCCACGGCCAGCAUGGCUGUCCCGCUGCUCGAGUUCCUGUCCACUCUAGCCAGGCUGCCCCACCUCUACAGGAACUUCGCGGCCGAGCAGUACGCAAGUGUGUUUGCCAUCUCCUUGCCGUAUACCAACCCUUCCAAGUUCAAUCAGUACAUCGUGUGCCUGGCCCACCACGUCAUCGCCAUGUGGUUCAUCCGGUGUCGCCUGCCCUUCAGGAAGGACUUUGUCCCCUACAUCACUAAGGGCCUGCGCUCCAAUGUCCUGCUUUCUUUUGAUGACACCCCCGAGAAGGACAGCUUCCGGGCACGGAGCACCAGCCUCAACGAGAGGCCCAAGAGUUUGAGGGUAGCCAGGCCCCCCAAGCAAGGCUUGAAUAACUCUCCGCCUGUGAAAGAGUUCAAGGAGAGCUCUGCCGCCGAGGUCUUCCGGUGCCGCAGCAUCAGUGUGUCUGAACAUGUGGUCCGCAGCAGGAUCCAGACAUCCCUGACCAGUGCCAGCCUGGGCUCUGCCGACGAGAACUCCGUGGCCCAGGCAGAUGACCACCUGAAGAGCCUGCAUCUGGAGCUCACGGAGACGUGCCUGGACAUGAUGGCCAGAUAUGUGUUCUCCAACUUCACAGCGGUGCCCAAGAGGUCUCCUGUGGGCGAGUUCCUGCUGGCUGGCGGCAGGACCAAGACCUGGCUGGUGGGGAACAAGCUUGUCACCGUGACGACGAGUGUGGGGACCGGGACCCGGUCGCUGCUGGGCCUGGAUGCAGGAGAGCUGCAGGGCAGUCUGGAGCUGAGUUCUGGCCCUGGCAUGCACGUGCGGCAGACCAAGGAGGCCCCUGCCAAGCUGGAGUCUCAGGCUGGCCAGCAGGUGUGCCGUGGGGCCCGAGACCGGGUCCGCUCCAUGUCCGGGGGCCACGGCCUGCGAGUGGGCACCCAGGACACCCCCGCCUCCCACUUCCCAUGUGGCUCUGCCUCCCCUGGACCGCAGGCCACGCCUGCCUGCAAGCCUGAGACGGCCGGCAGCUCACUUCCAACCCCGAAGCCGACAAAGCUGGCGUCCUACGUGCCCCUGCUGACCCAGGGCUGGGCCGAGAUCCUGGUGCGCAGGCCCACAGGGAACACUAGCUGGCUGAUGAGCCUGGAGAACCCUCUCAGCCCCUUCUCCUCGGACAUCAAUAGCAUGCCCCUGCAGGAGCUGUCCAAUGCCCUCAUGGCGGCCGAGCGCUUCAAGGAGCGCCGGGACACGGCGCUCUACAAGUCGCUGUCUGUGCCAGCCACCGGCUCAGUCAAGCCCCCGCCACCCCCACGCUCCAACACAGUGGCCUCUCUCUCCUCCCUGUGCCAGUCCAGCUGCCGAGGACGGCUGCACAGGAGCGUUUCCUGGGCAGACUCUGCUGUGGUUCUUGAGGAGGGAAGUCUGGGCGAUGCCAGCUUGCCAGGUGAGCCCCCUGACCUGGAGGACUUGGAGGCCCCCGUGGGCACAGAUGGGAGUUGCCGCACCAAAGCUUACAGCCGGUCAUCGUCCACCUCCAGCCAGGAGGAGAAGACAUUUCGUGGUGAAGAGCCAGCUGCAGGAGGCAUCCCCAUUGAGCGGGCCGUGUCCUCCGAGGGUGCGAGGCCCUGUGUGGAUCUCUCCUUCCAGCCCUCGCAGACCCUGAGCAAGUCCAGCUCCUCACCGGAGCUGCAGACGCUGCAGGACAUCCUUGGUGAGCCUGGGGACAAGGCUGACGUUGGCCGGCUGAGUCCCGAGGCCAAGGCCCGGUCCCACUCGGGGAUCCUGGACGGGGAGGGUGCUGCCUGGUCAGCCACGGCUGGAGAGAGUCAGGGCCUAGGCCCCAUCCCACGUGAGAGCCCUGCGACGGCCAGCUGCCCCCGCUCCCCCAGCGGCCUGAGGCCCCGGGGCUAUACCAUCUCCGACUCGGCUCCGUCGCGCAGGGGCAAGCGGGUGGAGAGGGACGCCUUUAAGAGCAGGGCCGGGGCCUCCAACGUGGAGAAGGUUCCAGGCAUCAACCCCAGCUUUGUGUUCCUGCAGCUCUACCACUCGCCCUUCUUUGGCGACGAGUCCAACAAGCCGAUCCUCCUGCCCAACGAGUCCUUCGAGCGCUCAGUGCAGCUCCUCGACCAGAUCCCGUCCUAUGACACACACAAGAUCGCCGUCCUGUACGUGGGCGAAGGCCAGAGCAACAGUGAGCUGGCCGUCCUGUCCAAUGAGCAUGGCUCCUACCGGUACACAGAGUUCCUGACGGGCCUGGGCACUCUCAUCGAGCUCAAGGACUGCCAGCCAGACAAGGUGUACCUGGGCGGCCUGGACGUGUGCGGGGAGGACGGCCAGUUCACCUACUGCUGGCACGAUGACAUCAUGCAGGCUGUGUUCCACAUCGCCACUCUGAUGCCCACCAAGGAUGCGGACAAGCACCGCUGUGACAAGAAACGCCACCUGGGCAAUGACUUUGUGUCCAUUGUCUACAACGACUCCGGAGAGGACUUUAAGCUGGGCACCAUCAAGGGCCAGUUCAACUUUGUCCACGUGAUCAUCACCCCCCUGGACUACGAGUGCAAUCUGGUGACGCUGCAGUGCCGCAAAGACAUGGAGGGGCUGGUGGACACCAGUGUGGCCAAGAUCGUGUCUGACCGGAACCUGCCCUUCGUGGCCCGCCAGAUGGCGCUGCAUGCAAACAUGGCCUCGCAGGUGCACCACAGCCGCUCCAACCCCACGGACAUCUACCCGUCCAAGUGGAUCGCCAGGCUCCGCCACAUCAAGAGGCUGCGUCAUCGGAUCCGCGAGGAAGCCCACUACUCAAAUCCCAGCUUGCCUCUGCUGCACCCCCCGGGGCACAGCAAGGUGCCAGCACCGGUGCCGGCUGAGCCCAUGCCCACCUACGAGACGGGCCAGCGCAAACGCCUCAUCUCCUCUGUGGACGACUUCACCGAGUUUGUGUGAAGCCUGGGCUACCCUGCCUCCCGGGCACCCUCACACCAAGUGGCACCGGGCGUGUUUGUUGAAAUGAAAUAAAAGUAUAGCCGGGCCUAGUGCUCACACACAGGCCCAGGGA